AUGGCUUCCACGGCAAAGGAGUCGUUCUUUGUCAACAUCCAUGUCUACUUCCUCGCCCUGAUCGCCUACUUUGGCAUCUUCCUCUUCGGCUGGGAGACUGGUGUCGCCGGAGGUGUCGUCUCGCAGCAGUUCUUCCUCGACGCGUUCGGGCUCAAGGACAAGAAGAAGGUCUCGUCCAUCGUUGUCGCCAUCCUCCAGGCCGGCGCCUUUGUCGGCUCGCUCCCCGCCCCCGUCCUCUCCAACAAGUAUGGCCGCAAGAAGGUCCUCUUCGGCUACAACCUCAUCAUCGCCCUCGGCAGCACCCUCCAGACGGUGCCCGGCGUCGGCGACAGCGUCGUCUGGAUCUACGUCGGCCGCAUCGUUGCCGGUUUCGGCAUCGGCGGCAUCACCUCGAUCGCCUCGGGCUACGUCUCCGAGUGCUGCCCCAAGAAUGUGCGCGGCAGGAUCACGGGCAUGUUCCAGGUCAUUGUCGCCGCCGGCGUCAUGGUGUCGUACUUUGUCAACUACGGAUCCAAGAAGAACCUCAAGGGCGCCCAGAUCUGGCGCGUUCCCUUUGGCUUCCAGCUGGUGCCCUCGGGCCUCAUGGCCAUCGGCCUCCUCUUUGCCAAGGAGUCGCCCCGCUGGCUCGCCAAGGUCGGCCGCACCGAGGAGGCGCUCCGCAACCUCGCUUUCCUCCGUAGGAAGCGCCCGGACUCGGACGAGGUCGUGGCCGAGAUGGCCGAGAUCAACGCUGCCAUUCGCGAGGAGCAGCUGACCCAGGUCACGCUCAAGUCGUGCAUCACCACCAAGGGCACCAACAUCCGCUUCUUCAUCGCCUUCCUCCUCUUCGUCUUCCAGCAGUGGUCUGGCCAGAACACGGUCUCGUACUUUAGCCCGCAGAUCUUCAAGUCGAUCGGCUACAAGGGCGAGACGUCGGCGCUCCUCGCCUCGGGCAUCUACGGUGUCGUCAAGUUCGCCGCCACCGGCCUCUGGGUCUUUUACGGCGUCGAGACCGUCGGCCGUCGCUGGUCGCUCUUCAGCUCCACGUUUGGCAUGGGCGUCCUCUUCUUCAUCAUCGGCGGCCUGCUCAAGAACUACCCGCCCGACGCCAACGCCGCCAGCCCCUCGGCUUCGUCGCAGGCCAUGGCCGCCAUGGUCUACCUCAUCGCCGUCGUCUACUCGCUUGGCGUCGGCCCGCUCUGCUGGGUCUACGUGUCCGAGAUCUUCUCCAACGGCACCCGUCACUGGGGCCUCGCCCUCGCCUCGGCCACCCAGUGGCUCUUCAACUUCUCCCAGGCCUGGGCCAGCCCGUACAUCAUCGAGGACAUGGGCUACAAGGCCUUCUUCUUCUUCGGCGCGCUCAACAUCGGCGGCUUCGCCGUCUUUGCCUUCUUCCUGCCCGAGACCAAGAACAAGUCGCUCGAGGACAUGGACAUCAUCUUUGGCUCCAUCACGCAGGAGCAGCGCGACCGCGACAUGGCCAAGGCGCAGGAGGACAUCGACUACUCCAAGGCGCACGUCGGCCACCUCGACUCCGAGUCGCGCGGCCGCGACGGCGCCAGCGUCGAGGACGAGAAGAAGUCCAACGACGAGACCCGCUACAGGACCACCACGCCCUGA